AUGUUUGAGGCCGGACAGAUAGUCGCUCACGCAAAAGCGAAGAUGAAAGAGGCAGUUGAGCCCGGGGUUGAAACCCGGGAGCUCGACAAUAUUGCCGAGCAGACAAUCAGAAGUUUGGGAGCGACACCUUCGUUCAAGGGAUAUAACCCGGUUCCGGCGACGAUCUGUGCGUCGCUGAACGAACAGAUCGUUCACGGGAUUCCGGGCAAGCGGCGACUGAAAGAGGGAGACAUACUCAAGAUCGACGUGGGAGCCAUCUACGGAGGACUGCACGGAGACAGCGCCUUCAGCAUAGGAGUUGGCGAGACGAGCGAGGAAGUUCAGCGCCUGAUCGAGGCGACACGCGUGUCGCUUGAGCAGGGAGUCGCAAGGAUCAGGGUCGGGGGCAGAAUGGUGACAUUUCGAGCGCGGUCCAGAACUACGCCGAGGGUCUGGGAUACGAGGUAG